AUGGCUUCAUUGAGUAACAAUAGUUUAGUUGAAACACGGGCAGAAAAUAUAUGUACUGAUUGUGGAAAAUAUCCAUAUGCAUCAGAUCGUACACGAUGCGAAGGUUGUCAUUAUAAAGCAAAUACAAAUUUAAAUGAAUUAAAAAUUAAUGAAAUUGAUGAUAAAAUUCCAACUAAUCAUAUUUCAUUUAUAAAUAUUCAUCGUGAAUUGAUUCAAAAUCGUUUAUCUGAAAUAUUUGAAUAUUUCAUAAAAGAAAAUCCAAAUUAUCCUUAUCGUUUGAUGUCUGAUGUAUCAUUUUGUCGUACAUUUGUUAAACAUAUUAAAUUACUUGAUCAAUCAACAUUAACACCAACAAAAAUAGUUCGUUUAUUUAAUGGUCAACAAGAUUUUCCUCCAACAUUAUUACUUAGUUCAGAUAUAAAUGAAUUAUUAUCACAUUUUGUUAAUAAUCGAUCAUUAGCAAAUAAAAUAUCGCCUGAAAUAACUCGUUUUGCAUAUGAUGUAUGGAAUAUUGAACAUCAAAAUGAUGGAACAGAUGGUUGUAUGUCUUAUUGUUGUGAUUUAGCAAUAAAACCAGAAAGUGUUAAACGUUUAAUGGCAUUAUGGAAACGAGCUUUACCAACAGAAUAUAUAUCUUAUACAAUACAUCCACAACAUGAUGCACAAUGUACAAAUGUUAGAUAUUGUGGACGUUAG